CAUAAAGGGACACAAGUGGACUUGUCUUCUGUUCGGGGUCUCGCGCGGGUCGAUCACACCUCCGCACCUGCCCGCACGGGCCCCGGCCUCCUCUCCAGGGUCUCACUCGCGGAACUUUCACGGAUGGGUGCAAGUCCAAGGGCUCCGGGUCGGCCCCGCCCCGGCCGGGCCGAGCUGGGCGGAGGCCCAGGUGAGGCGGCCCGCUCCGCACUUCCGCCCAGGUGAGUAGGCGGCCGCACUUCCGCCCAGGUGCGGGCAGCCGCCGAACUUCCGCCAGCUGAGGAGGCAGUGCCCGCGCAGCCCCGGGGCUCCCACCCCGCUGUCGCCGGACCGGGCUUUUUGAAAGUGAUUGAAAAGAAUAAUCCAAAAUGCCUGAGAAUCCUGCUGCAGAGAAAAUGCAGGUCCUGCAGGUCCUUGAUCGCCUCAGGAUGAAACUUCAGGAGAAGGGUGACACGACACAGAAUGAGAAGCUGUCUGCAUUUUACGAGACCCUGAAGAGCCCUCUCUUCAACCAGAUCCUUACACUCCAGCAGUCCAUCAAGCAGCUGAAAGGACAGCUCAGCCAUAUCCCCUCGGACUGUUCAGCCAAUUUUGAUUUUUCUCGGAAGGGCUUGUUAGUGUUCACGGACAGUUCCAUUACAAAUGGGAAUGCUCACAGACCUUGUAGUAAUUUAACUGCAUCUGGAUUAUUACCUUGGACUCCAAAGUCAGGAAAUGAAGACUUUAACUUAGUCAUUCAGCAGAUGGCUCAGGGCCGACACAUUGAAUAUAUAGAUAUAGAGCGCCCUUCAACUGGAGGCCUUGGAUUCAGUGUGGUGGCUCUGAGAAGCCAAAGUCUGGGAUUAAUUGACAUUUUUGUGAAAGAAGUCCAUCCAGGGAGUGUAGCAGACAGGGAUCAAAGGUUGAAGGAAAACGACCAAAUUUUGGCCAUUAAUGACAUCCCAUUGGCUCAGAAUGUCUCCCAUCAGCAGGCAAUUGCACUACUACAGCAAGCCACUGGAUCUCUGCGUCUGGUUGUGGCCCGGGAAGUGGGUCACACACAGGGCCGAACUUCUACCAGCUCAGCCGAAACUGCUCUGCCUGAAGCGGUGUGCUGGCGCCACACUGAAGAUGUUGAACUCAUUAACAAUGGCUCUGGAUUAGGGUUUGGGAUAGUUGGAGGAAAGUCAAGUGGCGUGGUUGUAAGGACUAUUGUUCCUGGAGGACUGGCAGACCGGGACGGAAGACUGCAGACAGGCGACCACAUCUUGAGGAUUGGUGGUACAAAUGUACAGGGGAUGACCAGUGAACAAGUUGCUCAAGUGCUAAGGAAUUGUGGGAAUUCAGUGAGGAUGCUGGUGGCUAGAGACCCUAUUGGUGAAAUUACAGUAACGCCUCCCACCCCUGCGUCCUUACCUGUUGCCCUCCCUACUGUAGCCAGCGGGACCCUUGCUUCCGACAGUUCUCUUUUUGAAACUUACAAUGUUGAACUUGUUAAAAAAGAUGGACAGAGUCUUGGGAUUAGAAUUGUUGGGUAUGUUGGAACAGCUACUCCAGGGGAAGCGUCAGGGAUUUAUGUGAAAAGUAUAAUUCCAGACAGCGCCGCGCACCACAAUGGCGAAAUCCGAGUGAAUGAUAAAAUAGUGGCUGUAGACGGUGUGAAUAUACAGGGUUUUGCCAAUCAGGAUGUUGUUGAAGUAUUACGGAAUGCGGGGCAGGUGGUGCACCUAACUCUGGUCCGCAGGAAAACGUCUUCAUCUGCUUCUCCAUUUGAACAGCCACCAAGCAGAGGAACUGUUGAGGAACCACCUGAAGUACCAGCACUAACGGAACCCCUGAAAACAGAAACUAAUUUGGGUAUGGAAGCAGAAGAAAUUGGAGAAAGACUGGAUAAUCUGAAAAAGGACACCGUACAAGCCUUAGAAAAACCAGAUGUAUAUCCAGAGAAAGUCCCAGACUCUACAGAAAAUGAGCUGAAAUCCAGAUGGGAAAACCUACUGGGCCCAGAUUAUGAAGUAAUGGUAGCCACUUUGGACACACAGAUUGCAGAUGACGAGGAGCUGCAGAAGUACUCAAAGCUGCUGCCUAUCCACACUCUGAGGCUCGGUAUGGAAGUAGAUUCCUUUGAUGGGCACCAUUAUAUCUCUUCAGUUGCUCCUGGUGGUCCUGUGGAUACCUUGAACCUGCUACAGCCAGAAGAUGAACUUCUUGAGGUCAAUGGCGUGCAGCUUUAUGGGAAGUCUCGCCGAGAAGCAGUCUCCUUUCUGAAAGAAGUGCCCCCACCAUUCACCUUGGUUUGCUGUCGCCGGCUGUUUGAUGAUGAAGCCUCAGUUGAUGACCCGAGAACCGUGGAACCUUCCCUUCUUGAGGCAGAGGUUCACCGAAAUGUAGAUGUCAGCAUUGAAGAUGAUGAUGAUGAUGGAGAAUUAGCCCUGUGGUCUUCUGAAGUCAAGACUGUGGAGCUGUUGAAAGACUCUAAAGGCUUGGGAUUCAGCAUUUUGGAUUACCAGGACCCCUUGGAUCCCACAAGGUCAGUGAUUGUGAUUCGCUCCUUGGUAGCAGAUGGUGUAGCAGAAAGAAGUGGAGAGCUUUUACCUGGAGAUCGCCUUGUCUCAGUCAACGAGUUCUCUUUGGACAAUGCCACACUUGCUGAGGCUGUGGAAGUGUUGAAGGCCGUGCCCCCAGGUGCUGUGCGCCUUGGUAUCUGUAAGCCUUUGGUGGAAGAUGAGAAAGAAGGAAGUUACUUUAUUUUACAUUCAGACAACAAUGAAGACAACAUUGAGCCUUCAGAGAUGCAUUCAUCUUUAAUCCUUGAGGCACCCAAGGAAUUCAGAGAUGAGCCAUAUCUUGAAGAACUUGUGGAUGAACCUUUUCUAGGUUUGGGAAAGUCUUUGCAGUUCCAACAAAAGGACGUGGACACCAGCUCAGAAGCCUGGGAGAUGCAUGAAUUUCUAAGCCCUCCACUGGAGGGAGGGGGUGAGGAAAGAGAGAUGCUUGUGGAUGAGGAAUAUGAGCUCUAUCAAGAACACCUCCGGGCCAUGGAAUUACAGCCGCCACCACACAUUCAGGAAACCACAUCAGCCCCUCCCCGGCAGGAACUCCAGGUUGGCACACAGUGGCUGCAUGCUAACCUCUCGGGAGACGAAGCACCAGAGUGUCACGAUGCAGAGUCCCUGAGGAGUACAUAUUCCCCCGAGAGGCAGCAGUAUAGCUACAGUACCGCAGACAUGAUGAAUGAAGCAUUUGGCCUUGAUUCCCAGCUGCCCAUACCCUCCUCUGAAGGAAACGGUCAACAUGGCAGAUUUGAUGACAUGGAGCAUCUUCAUUCACCAACAAACAGUAGCCUGGAUUUAGGUUUGAUGAUUCCAAGUGAUAUACAAGGUCCUGGCAUGCUGGUCGAUCUUCCAGUUGGUGCCCAAAGACGAGAGCAAGAAGAUCUGCCUUUGUACCGACUCCCCAGUGCCCGGGUUGUCUCCAAGCCUUCAUCACACAUGGGAAUGGUGUCUUCAAGAUAUGCGAAUGCUGCAUGUGAGUUACCCGAGAGAGAGGAGGGUGAAGGAGAGGAGACACCAAACUUCAGCCACUGGGGCCCACCACGAAUUGUUGAGAUUUUUAGAGAACCCAAUGUGUCUCUUGGCAUCAGCAUUGUUGGUGGACAAACAGUUAUAAAACGGCUAAAGAAUGGAGAAGAGCUCAAGGGAAUAUUCAUCAAACAGGUGUUAGAAGACAGUCCGGCAGGAAAAACCAAUGCACUAAAAACUGGAGAUAAAAUACUUGAGGUGUCUGGCAUAGACCUGCAGAAUGCCUCCCAUGCAGAAGCCGUGGAGGCCAUUAAGAGCGCAGGAAACCCUGUGGUGUUCGUGGUGCAGAGCCUGUCAUCCACCCCAAGGGUCAUCCCAAGUGUGCAUAACAAAGACAAAACUCCUUCAAAGAACGAGGAUCAAGACACUCCAGAAAGGAAAGUGAAGAGGCAUGGAACAGCUCCGCCUCCCAUGAAGCUGCCCCCGCCUUACAGAGCUCCGUCUGCAGACAGUGAGGAAAGCGAGGAAGAAUGUGCCCUGGCCGACAAAAAGAUCAGACAAAGAUAUGCAGACCUGCCUGGAGAAUUACACAUUAUUGAACUGGAAAAGGAUAAGAAUGGACUGGGCCUCAGCCUCGCUGGCAAUAAAGACAGGUCACGGAUGAGCAUCUUUGUGGUGGGGAUUAACCCAGAGGGACCUGCUGCUGCAGAUGGACGGAUGCGAAUUGGAGAUGAGCUGCUAGAGAUAAACAAUCAGAUCCUUUAUGGAAGAAGUCAUCAAAAUGCAUCUGCCAUUAUUAAGACUGCUCCAACCAGGGUCAAACUGGUUUUUAUUAGAAAUGAAGAUGCAGUCGGUCAGAUGGCUGUUGGUCCCUUCCCGGUACCAUCCAACUCCCCAUCGCCCGUGGAGCUGGCUGACACAGAACCUGUCAGCAGUGAGGAAGACAGCAAUGUGGAUGCUAAACACCUGCCUGAAAUUGAAAGCUCCAGACCGGAAGACCUGCCCCAGGUGGUUGGUCACAGCAUGGUGGCAGAGCAGCAGAAGGCACUGGGGUCACCUGACAGCGCCACCUGCCAGAUGAAACAGCAAACAUAUUCAACACAAGUCUCCUUCAGCUCACAAGAGAUCCCAUCAGCACCAGCUCCAGUGUGUCAGUCAGCAAAUGAAGACAUCACAGGCUCUGGUAACUUCCAGGCUCCUCUCUCGGUGGACCCUGCAACAUGUCCCAUUGUCCCUGGCCAGGAAAUGAUCAUAGAAAUAUCCAAGGGGCGCUCAGGGCUUGGUCUCAGUAUCGUAGGAGGAAAAGACACACCUUUGGAUGCUAUAGUUAUCCACGAAGUCUAUGAAGAAGGCGCAGCAGCCAGAGAUGGAAGACUGUGGGCUGGGGACCAGAUAUUAGAGGUUAACGGGGUUGAUCUGAGGAGCUGCAGCCAUGAGGAAGCCAUCACAGCCCUGCGGCAGACCCCCCAGAAGGUGCGGCUGGUGGUAUACAGAGAUGAGGCACAGUACAGAGAUGAGGAGAACUUGGAGGUGUUCCUUGUGGGCCUACAGAAGAAGUCUGGCCGAGGACUGGGCCUGAGCAUUGUUGGGAAAAGGAGUGGAAAUGGAGUGUUUAUAUCUGACAUUGUGAAAGGCGGAGCCGCAGACCUGGAUGGCAGGUUGAUUCAAGGAGACCAGAUCUUGUCUGUAAAUGGAGAGGACAUGAGACAUGCCUCACAGGAGACAGUGGCCACCAUCCUCAAGUGCGUCCAGGGCCUUGUGCAGCUGGAGAUUGGAAGGCUCCGAGCCGGUUCCUGGGCCUCCUCAAGGAAGACCUCGCAAAACAGCCAGGGGGAUCAGCACAGUGCACACAGCAACUGUCGGCCUUCCUUUGCCCCAGUCAUCACCGGCCUACAAAACCUGGUUGGCACAAAAAGAACUUCGGAUCCUCCCCAGAAAUGCACAGAGGUGGGACCGAGGACUGUUGAGAUAACCAGAGAGCUCAGUGAUGCCCUCGGAAUCAGUAUCGCUGGAGGGAAAGGAAGUCCUUUAGGAGAUAUCCCGAUAUUCAUUGCCAUGAUUCAGGCCAAUGGAGUGGCCGCACGCACCCAGAAGCUUAAGGUUGGAGAUCGGAUUGUGAGCAUUAAUGGGCAACCUCUGGACGGACUGUCUCACACAGACGCAGUUAAUCUACUGAAGAAUGCCUUCGGGCGCAUUAUCCUGCAGGUCGUGGCAGAUACUAACAUAAGUGCCAUAGCGACUCAGCUUGAAAUCAUGUCUACCGGCUCCCAGCGUGGCUCUCCAACUGCUGAACGGCAUCCAGAAGACAAGGAGGAGCACUUGCAGAGGACGGCUGAUUAAAACGAGGGGACCAGACCUUAGCUGUCAAUGGUGAAACCCUAGAAGGUAUUGCUCAUAAGCAAGGUGCCGCCAUUCUAAAGCAGCAGAGAGGGACCGGGGCCUUGACUGCUGUGGUGAGCUGCAGGUGCUGGUCAGGACACAGACUCUGAUGGCAACAGGACAGAAUUCUGUGGCUUCCAGUCAGGAUACAACAUUGCCUCGGCUAAAACUCAGCAUCAUCACUGGCUUUGCCUCUGUUUGCAGAAUCCGGAACAGAAGUCUCUGCUUCCUUCUCUCAUCCCUCGUUUCCAUGGAGGCUGAGCUGCAAGCCCCUGUGCUUUUGUCGAAUGAAUGGAAACAGAUUUAGUUUGUCAUCUUAACUUCUGAUUUACCUAUGCUAAUUUGUCUCUUCAAACAAGCCAGAAAACAUUAGCAGUGUAAUUAACUUCCUCACAAUGAACUCUUCAUCCUCUGCCGCCUGUCCUGUGUGACUCACUGUCAUGUCCCAGUCUCUAGAUAGGCCUGUAUGUUGGUGAUUUUGAGGAGUCCGUUUGCAGAUCCUGUCAUGUCCUCCGUAUUCUGAAAGACUUUGUGUCUGAGUUUCACAAGCACACACUGCUCAGCAAGUGUGCCUUGAUCUCACAGGAACAAGUAGCCCUGAGUUCUGAGUUCUAGCCAUGCUAGCUCACACUGCUGGGAAGUGUGUGAGCAGGUCGCAUCCCUAUUCCCCACCCCUGUAGACCACAGGGGGGAGGCGGUGGGAGCAAGUUGGAGCAGCCUCAGCCUCAUUCAAAGUGAGUGACAAGUUCCGUUUGCCUUUCCUUUACCUCCAUAGCAGCCUGCACAGUGGCUCAGCCUGCAGCGAUGUCCAGCACUUGAACACAGAGUAACUGAGCAAAUGACCUGGGAAUCAGAAACAGAAGUGCUUAGCUUGCAUUCCCAGUCCCCUCCUCCUAUGGGCUGAAGUUCUGCAGCUAAGAAAGCAGCUGUGGCAGGAGCAUGAGCAUUGUAUUGUAGCGUGACGUGGGCUAGAAAGGGGAAAUGCUCAUCAUUGAACACUGUCCAAUCUUCUGUUGAAAACAAUGAAAGUUCUGUAAAGGGUGAGCCUGGGGUCAGCAAUAGACAUAGUUCCGAAUUAUUUAACUAUAACUCAAUGCUGCAAAUUGUUCAAUAAUUGCCAGAAUUUAAUAGGCCCUAAUUUAAAAUGUAAUUUAAUUAGUGAAGAUUUUAACCGAGAUUCCCUUUGAGUAGAUGUGUGUUAACUCUUGUUGAGAUAUUUCUUGUGGCUAUUCUAAAGUGCAGUAUGCCUCAAUUUUAUGUUGACAAUAUAUUUCAGGGGCUGGUAUUAAGUUUUUGAAAUUUCCUAGUGUUUUUAGAACUUCUAAUGUAUGCAAGGUACCUUGUUUUAUUGGGAUCUCAUUUCCCAGUUAAUGCGAAGCCUCCAGCCUGAGUGUUCUGUGUGAACAGUACCCACAGGAACUCCUCAAGCAGCAGACAGCGAGUGAAGCCCAAAUGAAAACGCACCUUCAAAGAUAAAGCUGGCAAUGCUUUGGAAGUGUGAUUCUGCUUAAUUUUCACGGAAUGGCAUUAAAUACAGAUUUUGAAAUAA